AUGCCUACGGUGGGACGAAUGGCCAUGAAACCGGUCACAAGCGACGGAAAACAUCAGGUAAACAACGAGUCAGAGAUUAUGUCACUGGAAAUUCUCAAACAUCGGUACGCAGGAAUCUUCAACGAGAGAAUGCAAUACUGCGCGAAAGUAGUCAUUCCAUGGAGCUCCAAAACUGUCGUGGUAGGUGCAAUCCAUCCGUUCGUUACGAAAGCGAAAACGCGCCGAAUCUCCACAGCAAACCGAACGCAGGUCAGCGAAGAGUGGAUCGAUGAAGACAAGCUAGAGCUGUGGGAAAUCAAGCUAUACGGAGAAAGCAAGAGAAAAUUGCUGCGGCAGCCCAACAUGUCACCCGCACCAGUACGGAAGCUUCCUGUUACUCGUCCGACACCUACAUCGUUCGUGAAUCAUCCAUUCGUCGAUCCAACCAACAAGGCAGUGCUCACGACGGAUGGGCCACCCUCCCAAGCAAACAAUCGUUCAGCGACGAAUAAUCGUCAAAAUGCGAGGCAACAAAGUUAUUCAGCAAAAUAUCACCCAACCGGCUCGAGCCUAACCCCAGCACCAUCGGCGACUCCGUCCCCAACAACUAAGGUCAGCAAGCAGCUACCCUCCGGCGAAACCCGACGGUGGCUGCUGGCGCUAGUCCUGUUAGUGGUUCCGCGCUUCCAGCAGCAACGUGGCGCCCAGCACAGCAGCGCCUCGGUGACGGUGACGCCUCCCGCGAUCACUCAGCCCCAACCGCAGCAAAUUCAGGUACAGCAAGUCCAAGUGCAACAACAACAGCCGCAGCAGCAGCAAGCUGCCCUGGUGGUUAGCCCUGCGUGGUGCAAGCGACCAGUACGACACAACAGCCGGUUACUCCGCGAAGAUAAUCAUCAACAAUCAGCAGGAACACAACUGCUGCAAAACGCUGGGCAAAAAGUCGUGGUUGAAUCGAACUCUGGUCAAAGUCCGGUGCAGACGCAGAAGGUUCUGGUCGACAACUCCCACCGGCCAGCCGUGCAGAAACAGAUACUCAAUCCAGAACGCUACAUCCAGCAGAUUAUUAUCAACCAAGCCGGUGGGCAAAAGGUAGUUCAACAGAUCGUUGCCUCACCAGAACCAACCGAUCCAACAGAUACAGCCAAUUCAACAGGUACAACGAAAGUACAGCAAGUGCAUCAAAUCGUUACCUCCUCGCCACAGCCUCAGCAACCCCAGCAGAUUCAGAUACAGAUACAGCAACCUGCCAAAGUAACCCAACAGCUGUCCCAGUGGCGAUUGGAGAGGUUGUUGGAAGAAGGUCAGGCAAGUAAAAAUCCCGAUGGAAAAAUGGACGUCGACGAGCUGAAGGACGGUGGCGAUAGUGAAGCAUCCAAUGAGAAAUCCAAUGAUGCGCCCAACGGAGACGAGUCCUCGAGUAAGGAAGACGACGACUCUAAAGCUUCGAGUGACAAGCAUGUGACACGAUUGAAGACGGGAUCAUUGGCUCCACGGACUUUCACUGCCGAAGAUAUGAAGAGAAAGAACUCGUUAACUAAAGAGGAUGAUGAGUCACGAAUAACUCGUAACAAAUUAACUCAGAUAUCUAAUGGGACACUCCAUUUCAAGUUGGGUAUGGAAAAUGGGUUCAAAGCAUACGUGAAUCAAUACUCCAUCAAUCCGAUUGCGCUGAACAAGCCCCAAAGAAAUGAAGACAGGGACAAGAAAAGACAUUUGUCGCACAAGUUCUCUCUAACCCAAGCUUCUGAGUUCAAAUGGCUCGGCGGAGGAAUGAAUAGCACACAAACGCAAAUUAUUUCGACGAUUAAACAGAGCAUCAUCGCGUUAGAACAGGCAGUCGCUUCGCCUUACCUUCACCAAAACUGGACAAAGUUAAGAAAAAUUUGGAUUGGCGCUAUAAGCGCUUGUACCAAAGCAAAAGACUUUGCUCGAAUCCUGUGUAUUCUGCAGUCCUGCAUGAGGAGUGUAAUAUUUGCUGGUGUGUGGCACGAACAACUUGGUCACACUAAAAUGUACAAAAUAACGUCGGCCGAGCGAGAAGAAAAAAAGAAACUUGAAAAACGGGAGAAGCGAGAACGAGAUGAUGAAGAAGAGCGCAACCGAAGCACGUUUAAUUUCGUCAAGUAUUCGCUCGGACUCAGGCAUCAGGUUUGGAAGCAGAAGGGAGAAGAAUAUCGUAUACAUGGACAGUGGGAUUGGGUCUGGAUGUCCUUCAGUCGAAGAAAAGUCAAGAAAAUUGGCCGAGAAACAAAUGAUUUGAGUCACGUUUUGUUACCGAUUGUGGCUGAAGUGCACAAGAAGCUUCUGAAAAUUGACGCCAAAACGCAUGAGGCGUACCAACUCGUACGCAAUGGAAGCACAGAUCUUGACUUCUUAACCGGAAAUGAAGCAUUGGAUAGUCGGUUAGAGGACAAAUUCAAUCAGACGGAAACAUUCCAUGUCCCAGAAACGUACGAUCAAAUCGACAUUUGUAAGGCACUUUCUACACCAGGCGGCCGAAUUUUGUAUCCCAAGAUCGCCAAGGCUGCUUCAGUAUUGGACGGAUUACUUCAGCGACGAGUUGAUCUAAAAGAAGCGGAAGAGCAAAAAUUCGCCAAAGUGAAGGAUGAUAACGACAUCGAAGUGAAUGUGAUUCACAAGCCGGAAACAGUCCAAACACGGCCAGGCGAAUGCGGAAAACAACUGCAAUCCAUCAUAAACAGUCGUCACAAUUCCAACACAAGGAAUCAAUUGCCAGUCAAUAGACAAACGAUUCGACUGAACGGUGAACAGUUAGAAUCUUUGAUUGAAAAAAUCCUUCCUCUACGUUCCAAAUACCAAAAAGUAAAUGCUCUGGUCCAGCAGAGCAAGUGCUACUCGGUAGAUUGCGAAAAUGGUCAAUGUUAUUCGCCUUUAUGCUUGCAAAAACAAUCCAUCAAAGAUGAACUGUCACCGCUUCUGAAGCGCGCUCAAGCACUGCAAUCCACUCCAAUGGCCACCCCAACGGCCGGUGUUAAGUCAAUCCUUGAGCAGAAACUGACCGAGAAUAAAGCGGAAAAUUUCGACUCCAUGCUGGCCAACUUUACGAUGACCCGGUAUCGCUCGAUUCUCGAUGAUUGGGACUGUGCUCAUCAGCAUCUGAUUGAAUAUGACGAACAACUUGUUCAAACUAUGGCGGCUCCCAAAAUGCCAGACGAACACAACAACAACAUAACGAAUGAGGUUGAAAUCAAGACCGAGGACGCUCCCGAUAUGGUCGUAAAGGAAGAAAUUGUCAGCACGGAAGGUGAGCCGGAUUUAAAUGUCUCGGAAAAGGUUGAUGAUAGUUUGAAGCUGAACGAGAACUCCAAUUCCAUCUCGGAAAAUUCGUGCGAUGAACCACGCUCCACCCGUCGGGGACGGUCGCGAAAUAGCAAAAACAACUCACUAGUUGUUGAAGAAGCUGAGGUCAAGGUUAAAGAAGAGGAAGUGAUUGUUUUACCAAAGAAGGAACACAAACCAAAUCGCCGAUUUGCUCUGCCAUCCCGUUGCGUAAAGAAGGAAGAACCAGAAGAGCAGGAGCUUGCAUCCGAUGGCAGUCCGCGGAUUUAUUCCGCCAGUGCUACCAAAGGAAAGAUUUAUCUUCGUAAAGCCCUGGUGCCCGAAGGAAAAGAUGAGAAGGUUAAAAGUGAAAGUAAAUCGACUGUUGUCGGUCCGGUAAAACCAAAAUAUCCUGCGGUCAAUUAUUUCUGGACGCGCAAACAAACUACCUCGAUUAUGGUUCUGCCCACACAUGAGCUGCUCAAGUUGGCCCGCAACGGAGGUCGCUUGGCAGUGGCAGGUUUCCACCAUGUAGCCAAGAACAACAACUCCGUGUGGCCUUAUCCGUGUGCGAGACCAUUGUUCAAAACAUGUUGGCUGUAUCGCACGCUCAAUUUGAGCACGUUGUCUGCUGUUGGUCUGCAGUUGCGCAUCCUAUGGACAUGCCUACGGUGGGACGACAUGGCCAUGAAACCGGUCACAAGCGACGGAAAACAUCAGGUAACAACCGAGUCAGAGAUUAUGUCACUGGAAAUUCUCAAACAUCGGUACGCGGGAAUCUUCAACGAGAGAAUGCAAUACUUGCGUCGAAAAGUAGUCAUUCCACUGGAGCUCCCAAAAACUGUUCGUGAGGUGCAAUCCAUCCGUUCGGGUUUACGAAAGCGAAAACGCGCCGAAUCUCCACAGCAAACCGAACCGCAGGUCAGCGAAGAGUGGAUCGAUGAAGACAAGCUAGAGCUGUGGGAAAUCAAGCUAUACGGAGAAAAGCAAGAGAAAAUUGCUGCGGCACAAGCCCAACAUGUCACCCGCACCAGUACCGGGAAGCUUCCUGUUACUCGUCCGACACCUACAUCGUCUGGUGAAUCAUCCAAUUCGUCGACUCCAACCAACAACGGCAGUGUUAGCAGCAACAAUGCCUCAUCGGGUAACAUCCAAAACAAAUCAGCGGUCAUUUCCAGUAAAGCCUCUCGAGAGGAGAUCACGGAAAAAAUGGAACAGCAACUCCGGAUACAACGAGCAGCUCACAAUCAGAAACGUGCGAUGGAACUCAAACAAGGCCAAUCGACGGAUGGUGCCACCCCUCCCAAGCAAACAAUCGUUCAGCGACGAAUAAUCGUCAAAAAUGCUGACGGCACAACAAAAGUUAUUCAGCAAAAUAUCACCCAACCGGCUCGAGCUUCUCCAACCCCAGCACCAUCGGCGACUCCCAGUCCCCAACAAUCUAAGGCUCAGCAAGCAGCUACCCCUCCGGCGAAACCCGACGGUCCGCAAAAAGUUCAAAUCAUUCGGGGUCCAGAUGGAAAAGUUAGCGUACGUGGUCUGAACCCGGGACAGCAGCUGAUUCAGACUGCCGACGGAAAACUGCAUGUUCUCAGCGCAGCACCUGGAGCAAACCCCGCUAGCAAACAAACCAUAGCCGCGAAGGUCGGUCAGAAAAUCAUCACCAAGGUGGCUGCUGGCGCUAGUCCUGUUGCAAGUGGUUCCGCCGCUUCCAGCAGCAACGUGGCGCCCAGCACAGCAGCCGCCUCGGUGACGGUGACGCCUCCCGUGAUCACUCAGCCCCAACCGCAGCAAAUUCAGGUGCAACAGCAGCAAGUCCAAGUGCAACAACAACAGCCGCAGCAGCAGCAAGCUGCCCCUGUGGUGGUUAGCUCCCCUGCGGUGGUAACUCAGCAAGUUGUAAAUAAAUCGCCUAGCAUUGUGGUUCGAAAUCAGGCCGGUCAGCCAAUCAAACAGAUUAUUCAGAAGCAAGUAGUUCAGAAGGUGCAAGCGACCAGUACGACACCGCAACAGCCGGUUACUCCGCAGAAGAUAAUCAUCAACAAUCAGCAGGGAACAGUGCAGAAAAUUAUCACCUCAAGUGGACAGCUGAUAACCACAACAGGAAGUCCAGUUCAGAAAGUUGUUACACAAUCCAAUUUACAGCAACUGCUGCAAAACGCUGGGCAAAAAGUCGUGGUUGAAUCCAACUCUGGUCAGAGUCCGGUGCAGACGCAGAAGGUUCUGGUCGCCACAACUCCCACCGGCCAGCCCGUGCAGAAGCAGAUUCUAAUCCAGAACGCUACAUCUCCCCAGCAGAUUAUUAUCAACCAAGCCGGUGGGCAAAAGGUAGUUCAACAGAUCGUUGCCUCACCAGGGCAACAGAUCAUGAUCGGUGGCCAACGGAUUAUGAUAGGUGGCGGUCAAAAGAUUAUCAGCAAUCAACCCAUUCAAAUCCAGCAGAACCAACCGAUCCAACAGAUACAGCCAAUCCAACAGGUACAACCGAAAGUACAGCAAGUGCAUCAAAUCGUUACCUCCUCGCCACAGCCUCAGCAACCCCAGCAGAUUCAGAUACAGAUACAGCAACCUGUUGCUACACAAUCAACCCCGCAGCCACAGGUUCAAACUAUUCAAGCGCAAUCGUCUCCUCUCUCCCAAGGCCAAAGCCUAACACAACAGCUGUCCAGUGGCAAACUCCAACUGGCCAAUUUCAAUGGUCAGCAAGUGCUAAUACGGCCCUUGGGUAAUAAUCAGGCACAGGUUGUUGCCCACAUUAAAACACAACCCAACGGAACCGCGCAAAUCAUUCCUUUGGCAAAUGCGGUCGAUCCUCCUGCUGCACCAGUUCAAGCUCAGCCAAUGCAGCAAGUCAUGCAAGCCGCUCCGGUGCAACAAACGACCAUCCAGCAGGUUGUACAGCAGCCAAUAGCACAAACCACGGUCGUCCAGCAAGCAUUCAACGCUUCAGGAACCUCUCAAACUACGUUCCAGCAGCUUGCUGCAGCGACUCAACAACAGCAGCAGGCACUGGAUCCGGUGGAGCAGACCUUACUGCAAGGCCAACCGCCAGGAACGGUCAUCAAAUGCGUCACUGCCCAGGUGAUACAGACUCAGCAGGGCCCGCGAAUAGUGCUGCAAGGUUUGCAAGGUUCCGAAUUUACCCCUGCGCAGUCCGCCCUAGUGCAGCAACAGGUCAAACAACAGCUGCUCAAAGCCCAGGAAUCGAACGGUAAGCAGGGUGUUCUCGGACCGACGAAAAUCUACUUGGCCAUUCAGCCGUCCCAGCAGCAGGCCGUGGUAGCCCAGCCGCCGCCAUUGGCCCCGGUACAGAUUAAACACGACGGUGGCACAACCCAUAUCCAGCUGCACCAGCAAGCCGAUUCAACGGUUACAACGACAACGCCAACCAUGGAGGAUUCAGAACUUCCUGUUUCGGGUUCACUAACAACUACCAUAAAAACGGCAGCCAGCACCAGCAGUAAUGAUAGCAAGCCCCAAAUUUUGUCCAACAUUGUUAUCAACGGAAGUAACAAUUCGGCCAUUAAUCCGAUGGUUAAGAAAGAGUUGCAGAAAGUUCUCGCAAGUAACCUGAGUAAGCAAAAUGUGAUACGGAUACAACCGCAGCAGCUGCUACCAUGCCCGCAAGCACAACCGAUGCAUGUGGAGGAGCAUCAAUCGGAGCAGCCGAACCAACCACUGACAGAGGAAGCUGAAACCGUGAAGGACGAAAAUGUGCCCGAAGGGGAUCCUAAAAUAAUCGACGGAAAGGAUGACUCGUUUGUAUUGACGCCGGAUUACAUUCAACAAACAAUCAAAAACGCCUUGAAGCAAGAGAACCUUAACCCAGAAAUAGAGGAAAAAUUGCUUAACCUGCAGCGGUAUCAAGAAAAGCAAAUGAAAACGGAUGAUCGAUCCGCAGCCAUCGCCCUUCAGCACAAUUACAGCAACUUGAGUUCGAACAGAGAACAUCAUCACAGCACACCAGUCAAGUCAAAGAAGCGACCCCACCGUGGCGAGGACGAUGAUGAUGAAUGGAUGAUGGAUACACCGAAGCGACGACCAACCAAAUCCGGUGGUAGCUCUCUUAGUUCUGUCGAGCGAAAAGUUCACCAGGGUGCUUAGGAUGGUGAUGCACCCAGUUCCGCUAAGAAGCGGACGAUCUCUCAAAAUGAUUCUACCGCGGCAGCUGCUGCUGCAGCAGCUGCGGCAGUGUUAGCUUCUGUUAGUGCUGAGUGUGCGGCGGCGAAGGAGAUGUCAGUUCCGGAAAGCACGGCUACUCCUAUUCCCAAUGCUCGCUCGGAAGCUGCUCGCAGGAGCAACGAGAAGCGCAAACAGCAGCAAGCUUUGUUGCAGCAACAACAGCGGCAGAACAAGUUGCAGGCUCAACUGAACCGCCACAAAGAACAACUGAAGAAAGACAUUCUCAAGAAGCGAUCUCAUCUCGAACGGGAAUUACAGGUACAAAUUCAGAAGGAGCUGUCCGCUGAACUAGCAGCAAGGUGCAAAUCGGAACAGCAACAGGCUAAGCAGGAACACAGUGGGAAGCAACAUUCGGCGGCGGCGACUGCAUCGACGCCCGCCGAGAAAGGUGCCCAAAGUAAGAAGAGAUCAUCGGCAUCCGCCUCGAAGGAGAAUCAGAAAACAACAGCAAAGCAUGCACAAGGCUCGAGCAAGGCAGAGAAGCCGUCCAAAUCGAGUGCCAAGAAAGGAUCCAGAAAGAAAGAGAAAAUUUUAUGCCUCUGUCGAACGCCGUACGACGACACCAAGUUCUACGUUGGUUGUGACCUGUGCCAUAAUUGGUUCCACGGGGACUGCGUGGGAAUCUCCGAAGAGCAGUCGAAGGAGAUUGACGAGUUCGUGUGUAGUGAGUGCAAGCAUGCUCGGGAGACACAAGAAUUGUAUUGUCUAUGCAAGCAACCGUACGACGAAUCCCAAUUCUACAUAUGCUGUGAUAAAUGCCAGGACUGGUUCCACGGGCGUUGCGUGGGAAUCCUGCAGAGUGAAGCUGAGUACAUUGAUGAGUACAUUUGCCCCAACUGUCAGAUCAACAAUUCGGUCAAUUUUGCUAACAUGAAAUCGUUGAGUGUAAAAGAGUUUGACAAUUUAAAAAAGUUGAUCAAGCAAAUCCAGCAUCAUAAAAGCGCAUUUUCAUGGAACCGUUGA